UGUGACGAUGAAAGUUUCUGCAAUAAUUCUCUGUUGAUCAUCGAAUAUAAUCAGCUGGGCCUUGCUAGCCGAAAUAUUACAGAGAAUAACGUCGCGCAAAUAAUCCUUCGUACCCCUGGCUAUAAUCCAAAUAAUAACCCAUUUCCUAAUGCCUCAUGCCUGCAAUCGAGCUCAGUUUUUGCCUUCAAUAAUAUGCAAUUACUGGAUAAUGCUAUUGCAAGGUUAUUCGAAAACCAUCGUAGUACGGUGUUGGGACAACAUCCUAGCUUGGGAAGGGUAUAUGUGGUGGCAUUUCAUGGGCCGGUUCAUUUGAAGCUUCUGAAAGAUUUCGUGUCUUUGGUUGAUGGUAACCCAUGCUUUACAUAA